AUGGAUCUGGAUUUGGAUCCUUUUAAUUCACUGCUUUGUGAUUUGGAGGCCAUCUUUCUUGGAGAAUUCAAAAAAGCUUAUGAUGAGGAGGAGCGAUUUCUGAAACAGAAAGCUAAAAUUCAUUGGUUAAAAGAGGGUGAUAGCAAUUCAAAAUUUUUUCAUAGAAUUGUUAAAGGGAAAGUUCAUAAAAAUAGAAUUGAAGCUGUCAUGAAUCGGGAGGGGGAGUGGCUGGAAGGUGAAGCUGUUUACAAAGAAUUUGUUGAAUAUUUUCAAGAUUUUCUUGGCAAAGAUGUUCCCUGUGAAGAGAUUGUGAUGCCGAAUUCUUUAUUUGUCAAAAAACUUGACCUUGCCCAAGCUGUGGAGAUGGUUCAGAUUGUUUCUAAUGAAGAGAUUAAAGCUGACCUUUUUGAUAUAGAUGACGAUAAAGCCCCUGGUCCGGAUGGUUAUUCGGCCAAAAUUUUCAAAUCAAUGUGGUCUAUUAUCGGUGAGGAUUUUGUCAAGCGGCCCAUUUCUUGUUGCUCUGUUAUUUACAAGUGCAUCAGUAAAGUGAUUGUUGGAAGAAUUAGAAAGCAUUUGGGCUCCAUUGUUGCUGAUAACCAAUCAACCUUUAUCCUUGGGAGAUCUAUAACUGAUAAUAUUCUUCUUUCUCAAGAGCUGGUCCGGGGGUAUCACAGAAGCUGUGGGUAUUCUAGAUGUGUGCUUAAAGUGGAUAUUCAGAAGGCGUAUGACACUGUUAAUUGGUCUUUCCUUCAGAAUAUUCUUUUUCACUUUGGGUUUCACCCGACUUUGAUCAAGUGGAUUAUGCAGUGUUUUAGCACUCCUUCUUAUAUGAUAAGCAUGAAUGGCACUUUUCAUGGUUUUUUUGAAGGCAAAAGAGGUCUUAGACAGGGAUGUCCUCUCUCUCCUUAUUUGUUUACUCUUGUGAUGGAAGAUUUUAAUUUGAUUUUUCAAAGAAGAAUAAAGAAUGAAGUUUUAUUCAAAUAUCAUUGGAGAUGCAAGAAGCUUAAGCUUACUCAUCUUUGCUUUGCGGAUGAUUUGAUGAUUUUUUGCCAUGGAAAUAAAGCUUCUGUCAGGGUGAUUAAGGAUAGCCUUGAUGAAUUUGCUAAGGUGGCUGGUCUUCACCCUAAUUUUUCUAAAAGCCAUAUAUUUUUUGGGAAUGUCAAAGCCAAUGUGAAAAAAAGUAUUUUGGAUACUUUGUCCUUUGUUGAAGGAAAGCUUCCAAUGAGAUAUUUGGGGAUUCCACUCAUUUCUACUAGAUUGUUUGUCAGAGAUUGCAAAAGGCUUGUUGAUAAAGUGAGAUGCAGAAUUAGUGACUGGAGGAAUAAGUUUCUCUCUUAUGCUGGUAGAUUACAGCUCAUUUCUUCUGUUUUGUGUUCUUUUCCAGUUUAUUGGGCCUCUUGCUUGCUUAUUCCGGCUGAAACAAUAAAGGAGAUUGAGAAGAUGAUGAAGAAUUUCCUUUGGAAUUGUGAUGAGUCCAAGAAAGGGAGAGCUAAAGUUGCUUGGUCUACUGUUUGUAAGCCAGUGGAUAAUGGGGGUUUGGGUCUUAGGAAUUUGAGAGCCUGGAAUAAGGCUAUUUUGUCCAGGAGAAUUUGGAUGAUUGUUUCUAAUUCUGAAUCUUUAUGGGUUAAAUGGAUCAACAUCAACAUUUUAAAGGGAAGGAGUUUUUGGGAUGUUGAGAAAAAUAAUGAUAUGAGUUGGAGUUGGAGAAAUUUGAUCAGGUUGAGAUCUAAGUUCAGAAAUCAUUUUGUGCAUAAGAUUGGGAAUGGUGCUAGUACCUUCAUGUGGUACGAUGAUUGGCAUCAACUUGGUGCUUUUUCUCAUGUUCUUUCUCCUAGAGAAAUUUCAAGUGCUGGUUUCAGAAUUACUGAUAAAGUCAAAGAUGUCAUUGUUGAUAGAUCGUGGUUUUGGCCAACUGAUUGGCUUGCUCUUAUUCCUCAAUUGAAUGAUUUUCAAUUGCCGGUUCUUGAUCCUUUGAUGGCUGAUAAAGUCUUAUGGAGGAAAAGGGAUGGAAAUUUGGUGGAUUUUGACAUUCAGCAAGUUUGGAAUGAUAUAAAUGAAUGUGGUUUGAAGGUUUCUUGGGUUCAUCUUGUUUGGUUUAAGCAACGCAUCCCAAGACAUAGUUUCAUCUUAUGGCUUGCCAUUCAGGAGAGAUUAAUGACCCAGGAUAGAAUGAGGUUUUGGGACAAGAAUAAAAACCUCAAUUGCACUCUUUGUAAUAUCCAGCCAGACUCGCACUCUCACUUAUUUUUUGAAUGCCCUUAUUCUGCUUUUGUUUGGAAAGCUGUGAAAGAUAGAGUGGAGAUUAGAAGUGAUUCCCAUAGUUGGAUUGAGUUGGUUGAAGAACUUCAGAUUUUGUUCAAAGGAAAAAGCAUUAGAGUUUUUAUUAUGAAAAUUGCUUUUGCUGCUACUGUGUAUCAUGUUUGGAGAGAAAGAAAUUUCAGACUCUUUAGAAAAGGAAAGACUGAGGAGAUGAAAGUAGUUUUGAACAUUUUUGAAGAAAUUCGUCUUAAGCUUAUCGGGCUCAAGGGUGGUUUUCUGGGUUUUGACAAUGAAAUCAAGAGGAAGUGGGGUAUUCCCGUUGGUGAGAAGAAUCAUGAUUGUUUUGAUGAUUAG